AUGUGCGACGAUAGAUCUUAUUACAGACCUUCCGUGAAUCAGCGGCCUCAAUCUCACCACACAAAUCUCGCCCUGCCCUAUCGAGGCGCUAGAAACUACAGGGCGGGCGAUUGCCAAAGCUCUGCCGCCAAUCGAUAUAGUGAAGCGGUAGCCGAGUGUGCCACAUUUGAACCAGACGAAUGGCCGGGUUCAGCAACUGAGGCCAAUCUCGACCGCCGACAUCCUUUUCGGUAUUCUGCAUCUGCAUACCAUCACCUGAAACUGGACCUACUGCAGCAGUCAACAGAUUCGUUCAAACGAUGGAUGCCCGGAGUAGUAUACGGCGCGCCACCGGAAGAUAGGUUGCAGCCCCAGGAACGAUUCAGAGCACCUCAUCGCUAUUCAAGCAGGCGACAAGUGAAGCAGGAAGACGGCAUUGACGACGACGACUUUGUCUUUAUUUCAUAUGCACCCCGCACCAAGGCAUUCCUUCACUUUGCUUGUCCGUUUUACAUCUACGACCCAGAAAAACACCAGCAAUGCCUCCUCACUGUCGGCCUCAAGUCAAUCGAAAGUAUUAUAGAGCACGUCAUGAAACACCACUCCCGAUCACCGUAUUGUUCAAGAUGCUAUCAGAAGUUCAGCUCGUUGAUUGAUCGCGAUGAUCACGUUUUGAGCGGGAGAUGCAAAAAGCGAUACCCAGACCCAUCGGAUGGGGUCAACGAAGACCAAAAGGUCCUGAUGAUACGAGCCAAUGAUCAGUACUUGAGUGAAAAGAGGCGCUGGAAUCGAAUAUGGUCUAUUAUCUUUCCUGCCACAGAGUGGCCCCGCUCCCUGUAUCUGGAUCGAGGCCCUGGGCUCAAAGCAUCAAUGGCAAGAGACUUCUGGGAUAUAUACGGUGUGCAGCUUGUCUCUGAGGUUCUCGAACGCAAAACGCCAUUCGCGAGCCAGGGCAGUAAUACUCAUAGUGUACUCUAUGAACUAGGGCUGCAGGAUCUCUUGACCAUGGCUAUUCAAGAGUAG